AACCACUAGAUGGCAGUCUCAGCCAAUAAUGGCGCUUGACCCCUUUGUCUUUCCUAAUGAGCAGAAAAACCAAGGUGAUGGCCUUUCAGAUGUCUGUGGGUCGAUUUGAGUUUCCCUGAACACAAAGCGAUCUCCUGCAUAGGAUCGACAUUUGGGCGAGCUGUUCGCUUCCAGGCCGUUGGGACGGAGGCAGGCGAACAAUGACCGAGCGGAACAGGUGUCACUUAAGCUCACGACCUCACCGUGCUGCUUGCCGCCAGUGGCCUUGACUUGAAACGGAUGAUCGUCGGAGGAAAGAAAAAGAAAAAACAAAUCUUCCGGCAGGGCUCCUGCAAGCCUGCAGCCCGCAGCCCAGUCUUGGCUGGUGCUUAACCAGCACGGUGGGGGAUCCUGUCACCGGCCAAACAGGCUCCGCGUCCAGUCUCAGAGCGGAGCUUGCGACGGGACUGAAUCAAGCAGAGCACCGGCAGCAGCAGGACAAACCUCUGUGAGCUUUUGCCGCUACCAACCAGCAGGGGAAAUUUUUUCAAAUCCCCGAGGCUACCUCGAGAAGACCCAGAGCUGGUCUAGAACCAACCAAACCACCACCACCACAAACCUCACCUAACUUCAACCUACUCAGGAGGAGAUGGUGAACUGACCGAGGACCAGCAGGCGACAGAAGGCAGCUCCUUCCUCCCCGUCCACUAGCAGCCAUGGCGGGGCUCAAACGUCAUCAUGAUGGGAAAAUUGCUGGGCUGUAUGACCUGGACAAGACCCUGGGCCGUGGGCACUUUGCUGUGGUCAAACUGGCUCGACACGUAUUUACGGGGGAAAAGGUUGCAGUAAAGGUGAUAGAUAAGACUAAGCUGGACCCAGUGGCGCGGGGUCACCUUUUCCAGGAGGUGAGAUGCAUGAAGAUGGUGCAACACCCCAACGUGGUCCGCCUCUACGAGGUCAUUGACACAGCCACCAAGCUCUACCUCAUACUGGAGCUGGGAGACGGAGGAGACAUGUACGACUGCAUCAUGAAGCACGAUGGAGGCCUCAGUGAAGAGGUGGCCAAGUGUUACUUUGCCCAAAUUGUCCAUGCCAUCUCCUACUGUCACCGGCUACACGUAGUACACAGGGACCUGAAGCCAGAAAACGUGGUCUUCUUUGAGAAGCAGGGAGUCGUCAAGCUCACUGACUUCGGCUUCAGCAACCGGUUUCAGCCCGGGAAAAAACUGAACACCUCGUGUGGUUCGCUGGCCUACUCUGCUCCUGAAAUACUGCUGGGGGACGAGUAUGACGCUCCGGCUGUGGAUAUAUGGAGUCUGGGGGUGAUCCUGUUCAUGCUGGUCUGUGGUCAGCCCCCCUUCCAGGAGGCUAACGACAGCGAGACGCUCACUAUGAUCAUGGACUGUAAAUACACAGUGCCUCCCUACAUCUCCCAUGCAUGCAGAGAUCUUAUAGGCCAUAUGCUGCAGAGGGACCCCAAGAAACGAGCGACCCUAGAGCAGAUUGAGACCCAUGAAUGGCUCCAAGGUGUCGACCCCUCCCCGGCUACCAAGCUGUCCACUCCUCUGGUGUCCCAUCGCAGCUUGUCGGAGGAGGAGCACGGCUCCAUCAUUCAACGCAUGGUGCUGGGGGCUAUUGCAGACCGAGACACCAUAACUGAGGCUCUGGAGUCAAAUCAGUACAACCACAUCACAGCCACCUACUUCCUGCUGGCCGAGCGGAUGCUGCGGGAGAGGCAAGAGAAGGAGCAACACAGCCAGACACGAUCACCCAGCCCCAGCAAGGCCCAGUUCAGACAGUCCUGGCCCACAAGAGUGGAUGUUCACCAGGAUGUCAGCGAUGGCUUGGGGGGUCCGGCUAUCUCCCACCCCGGAGGGCCACAGUCCCCUGCCCGUAGUGCUGAGAGCCUCCACAAAGGCCCGAGGCCCAAAACAGCUCUGCUUGACCUCAGCCAGCGGCAGGAGAACCCCAAUCCAGCAUCCAGCCAGCAGCCGCCUGCACGACAGAACCAAGAGAGGGGGCUGAGGCCUCUGGCAAAGCCCCACUCCAACCCGAUCAGGCUGGGCUCUCUGGCCUCAGUGGGCCCCUGUAAACCCCGUAGUCCCAGUCUCUUCAGUGUGGAAGAGGACGAGGAAGAAGAUGGGGAGGAAGAAAAAUGUUUGUCCCCCUCUACACUGCCUGCUCAGGUAGUGCUUCGUUGCAAAGCCUCUUCCUCAUCUAUGUCUUCUUCUGGUAAUCGGCUGACAUCGCGUAUGAGCGCGCCAGUCCUGAACCAGAUCCAUGAGGAGGAUAAAGAGGAGGAGGAAGACGAGGACGGGAGAGAGCUGCAUGGACUCGGUCUGCCCAAACCAAGCCUCAGUCUCAGUCUGAACUCUCGAAUACCAUCACCGUCAACACUCAUGUCAUCACCUAAAACUGUAAUGGCACCAGUUGCCACUUUAACCCCCAGCUCAGAGACUAGUGAUGACGAUAUAGAAAGUCGCCACAUACCAGACACAGCAAAUUUAGGUGGACAAGGGGACGAGAGAGAAGGGAGGAAAGAGGAUAGAGGGAAAAGGGGGGCAGGGCAGGGCAGUCCCUCCAACUGUGCCAGUCCUGGAUCAGGUUCAGGCCAAGGCAAGGGCCCAGCCAAAGCUCCCAGCAGCCUGGUGGAAAGCCUAAAGCUGAUGAGCCUGUGCCUGAGCUCUCAGUUCCAUAGCCUGACGGGGGGAGGGGGGGUUGUUGGUGGUGGCAGUGGCGGAGUUGUUGGGGGGGACAACCAGGACCGUCCCAUGUGGAGGAUGUGCGUGGGCGGCUCCACCGGUAGCCUGGAUAAGGUCUCGCUCCUGGGUGGCCCUUCACCCAGGGGAACCCUUUACCAACAGCCCCCACUCGGAGACGCAUUGGCGGACCCGCUGUUGGAGGGCCCCUGCUCGGGCACGCUGAGGCUGGGAGAGCUGGAUCUGGCCAGGGAGAACCACAGGAACAUGAAAAACCGCGUGCUGCAAAUGCCUCUGAGCGACAAGACUCUGUCCGUCAACAUCCACCGGAGCCCCAAGGAGGGUCUGCUCUGCACCCCCACCCCGCACAGCUGCUGCCAGGUCAUCUAGAACACAGACAGGUGCUCCAUCAGGUGCUGCACCUCCACACUGCUCCACUUACAUUCAUACAUCCCCUAAAUCCUGCUUUUGUUUAAGCUACGUCAUCACUGGCUCAUGAGUUCACCUUAUUUAUACGUUUAUUGCUACUUCCUUUGGUUUAACACUUAAGGUGGAUUUCUGGGAGAAAGUCCAAAUGCCAACCUUGCACAUUUAGAGACACAAAUCGUCUCCUUGGAGGAGACUGGGUGCCACGCCAAGUAUGUGAAGCACUUUAAGCAGAUUAGACAGGACACUACAGGGACAUUUUAACCUGCUGGUGUUGAAAUAAGAGACAUUAAGUAUGGAAACAGAUACAGGAGCUGCUCACAUGCCUGAUUUUACACACUUGUGUAUAUAUUGUAUGUACACAAUGAUCACACCUACAUUACUCUAAUAAGCUGAUAAAAGGGAAAGCUGAUGAGUUUUCGAGUCAUGUUACAUAUCGUAUUUUGUUGUUCUUUGAUGCUGUUUUUUUUUUUUUUUUAAUAUUGUUAUUUUUUUAAUUUUUUGAGAC